AUGCCUCGUGUAGCAAACAAGGUCCAUCGCCGUUCCAACGGCAACUCCACCCCUCAUAAGAACUCCCCCAUCAAGAUUCCCCUCAACGAUGAUAUGGGCGAGAAAGCGGCCCGUAUCGGGGCCCGACAAGCGCAAUAUGAUCGUCAGAUGAGCCAGAUUAAGGCUGCGGUCAAAACACCGAUGCCUCCGCGGCGAUACACAACACAUGAACGUGAUGGGAGCGAGAGUCCCGGGACACCGCGCGGAUCGAGCCACCACCGCAGUCGAGGAAGCGAUGUGAACGGUCGCGCUGUCACCCCUAUGAAGCGCGUGCCUAUUCUGGCCAACUUCGAGGAGUGGAUGAAAAUGGCAACCGAUAACAAGAUUAAUGCGAACAACUCCUGGAACUUCGCCCUUAUUGAUUACUUCCACGACAUGUCUCUUUUGAAGGAGGGAGACGGUGUGAAUUUCCAAAAGGCCAGUUGCACUCUUGACGGUUGUGUUAAGAUUUACACUAGUCGAGUGGAUAGUGUCGCAACAGAGACUGGACGACUACUGAGUGGUCUGGCUGACAGCCGCGACAAGAGAGGGCGGGACAAUGAUGCUGAAGGGGAAGACGGUGACGAAGAUGAGGAGGGUGAAGAUGGCGCAGCGCGCAAAUCGCGCAAGAAGACACGAUCUCAUGAGGCUACAUUGGCUCCAUCAUUUUCAUCCUUACAACUGAAAAAGUUUGAGCUGGAAUUUGCUGUGGAUCCACUCUUCAAAAAGGCGUCUGCCGAUUUCGACGAGGGAGGCGCAAAGGGCCUGUUGCUCAACCACCUGGCCAUCGAUGGGGUUGGACGAAUCGUUUUUGAUAGCAGCGACGAUGCUGUGGAUGACACCUCUAAGACAGAAGAGGGCGAAGACCAAGAAUCUGCCGAUCCGGAAUCACAGGGCGAAGAUCAGGCCAAGGCGGCACGUCAAACGGCAAGCGACACAUUCGAGGAUGACCCAGAGAUCGAUCUCGCUACGUUGGCAAGUCAAUUUUUCCCAGACUUGGAUCGCCUCGGGGAGCAGGAUAUCUGCCCCUCCCUCAAAAACCUCGAUCUCGGAGAUCCCGCCGGAUCGCUCGAUAUUCCUCUUCUUAAGGCACCUGAAGAUUGGCGACAUGAUAAAAACAACGAAGGCGACGAUCCUUCUGGAAUCAUGCUUGAUGACGACAAUGCGGUUGGCUUUGAUGAUGAUGAUGAUGAUGCCUCAUUAGCUGGCUUUGAUCUGACUGGAGACGCCGGAUUUGGUGAUGGAGGAGAGGCCUGGGCAAGAGAGGCUGCUUUGGAACCAAUGCUCAAGGUUCAUCGAAUGGAAGAUGCUGAUGCAGAUGGUGAUGAGGACAUGGACCGUGAAGAUGCAUAUGCGAUCUCUAUGUCUCAUCAGCCGAGUAAGCAAGAUCACGAGAACAUUCUGAGCUACUUCGAUAACGCGCUUCAGAAGAACUGGGCUGGCCCGGAACACUGGAAGAUCAAGAGAAUCAAGGAGCACACAGCAGCCAGCAGCACAUCUGCCCCCAAGCAACAACGCAAAGAGAAAGAGCCCUUCGAGAUUGACUUUGGAGCCCCCUUGGACCACGCCAUCGCCGAGUUGAUCUAUACUCCGGCCAGUUCGAACUCUGCCGUCUCCAUCCCCAAGACACAAUGGAAGACAAAGGGACGAAACCUUCUGCCCGAUGACAAACACUUCAACUCACGCAAUCUGCUUCGUCUUUUCCUCAAGCCUAAGGCGCGCAUGGGCUCGAAGAAGCUUUUCGGCAGACGAGCAGCUCCCCGGCCAGAGCAAACGUCCGGAAAUGGCGACAUGGACGAGGCUUUCUGGGCGAACCACAAGGUAGAGGAUAAUGGCGAUCAGGAAGGCGUCGCCGGUGCCUAUGACGCCAAUUUCUUUGCUGAUGACGACGGUCUUGCUUUCCCUAACGGCAUGGAUAUGGAUGACGACGACAACAUGCCAUUUGCCGAUGCUCGGGAGAUGUUGUCUCCGCCGGCUGACGGGCGCCCAGGUACAGCAAUCGGAGAUGGUAGCUCACAGACCGGGCUCACUGCACUACUGAAUAUGGUUGGAGCUACUCCUGGGAAACCGGGCGCUGGUGGGUACGGUUCCCAGCUGGUAACUCAGGGUGGACGUCGCGCGCGCCCGGAUUACGUCAAUUAUGCCCGUGUUGCCAAGAAGGUGGAUGUGCGACGACUCAAGACCGAGAUGUGGAAGGGCAUGGGUGAGCGUCUGAUUGCCACCACCGACUUCGGCUCUGCUUCGCAGUCCCAGCCUACGUCUAGUGAGCCACCAGCCGAUCCUGCAAGUGAAUCCGAUGCUCCUGAGCCGCCAACUCCGCAGACAAGUAGCCCUGAUCUCUCAAGCGAUAGCAGGCUACGGUUUACACAGAUCAUGAAUUCUCUCAAGACUUCAUACCCCAACGAGGUAUUACGGGAUAUCAGUACAUCCUAUGGCUUCAUCUGUCUUCUCCAUCUGGCCAACGAAGAAGGUCUUGUCUUGGAGAGCGACAUGCAGCAAAUUGCCAGCGGGGCUUGUAGUCUGGAAGAAAUCUUUGUCAGUCGGGAUGUCAAUGCCGUCCGUGACGAAGGUGGUGUCAUGCUGUGA